CGCGCUCGCCCCGCGGCGCGCCCGGACACUUUCCAUUCACUGCGCGCGGCCUGAUUGAGCGAGGCGGACACGGGCUGCGGGCUCGGCACGGGAGGAUUCCUUUACAAAGAAACUCCGAGGACCCGGGAUAGACCUUUAAAGGCCGGCCGGGGUGGGGGACAGGACUGGAGACACACGCGUCACCCCGCCCGGUGGCAGCUUGGUGACUUUUCCACGCUGGUUUCGUGCUCCGUGGGUAUUUUCCCUUGGAUAUUAACUUGGCAAAUCUGAAGAGAUGGGAUUCCGGGCGAUUUGCGUCUUGGUUGGAGUAUUUAUUUGCUCUGUCUCUGUAAAAGGAUCUUCCCAGCCCCAAGCAAGAGUUUAUUUGACAUUUGAUGAGCUUCGAGAAACCAAGACUUCUGAGUACUUCAGCCUAUCCCACCACCCACUAGACUACAGGAUAUUAUUAAUGGAUGAAGAUCAAGACCGGAUAUAUGUGGGCAGCAAAGAUCACAUUCUUUCCUUGAAUAUUAACAACAUAAGUCAAGAACCUUUGAGUGUUUUCUGGCCAGCAUCUACAAUCAAAGUUGAAGAAUGCAAAAUGGCUGGCAAAGAUCCCACACACGGCUGUGGGAACUUUGUCCGUGUCAUUCAGACUUUCAAUCGCACCCAUUUGUACGUCUGUGGGAGCGGUGCCUUCAGCCCAGUCUGUACUUACUUGAACAGAGGGAGGAGGUCGGAGGACCAAGUUUUCAUGAUUGACUCCAAGUGUGAAUCUGGAAAAGGUCGCUGCUCUUUCAACCCCAAUGUGAACACAGUCUCUGUUAUGAUAAAUGAGGAGCUUUUCUCUGGGAUGUACAUAGAUUUCAUGGGUACAGAUGCUGCCAUUUUUCGAAGUUUAACCAAGAGAAAUGCUGUCAGAACUGAUCAGCACAAUUCCAAGUGGCUAAGUGAACCCAUGUUUGUGGACGCACAUGUCAUCCCUGAUGGCACCGAUCCAAAUGAUGCUAAGGUGUACUUCUUCUUCAAAGAGAAACUAACUGACAACAACAGGAGUACAAAACAGAUUCAUUCCAUGAUUGCUAGAAUCUGUCCUAACGACACUGGUGGGCUGCGCAGCCUGGUGAAUAAGUGGACCACCUUCUUGAAAGCGAGGCUGGUGUGCUCAGUGACGGACGAAGAUGGCCCGGAAACGCACUUCGAUGAACUAGAGGAUGUGUUUCUCCUGGAAACUGAAAAUCCAAGGACAACACUAGUGUAUGGCAUUUUUACAACAUCAAGCUCGGUUUUUAAAGGCUCCGCGGUGUGUGUGUACCACUUGUCUGAUAUUCAGACUGUGUUCAAUGGGCCAUUUGCCCACAAAGAAGGGCCGAAUCAUCAGCUGAUUUCCUAUCAGGGCAGAAUUCCUUAUCCCCGCCCUGGAACUUGCCCCGGAGGAGCAUUUACCCCAAAUUUGCGAACCACCAAGGAGUUUCCAGAUGAUGUGGUCACAUUCAUCCGAAACCAUCCGCUCAUGUACAAUUCCAUCUACCCCAUCCACCGACGACCUCUGAUCGUCCGAAUAGGCACAGACUACAAGUACACAAAGAUCGCUGUGGAUCGAGUCAAUGCUGCAGAUGGCAGAUACCAUGUGCUGUUCCUUGGAACGGACCGAGGGACCGUGCAGAAGGUGGUGGUCCUUCCCACCAACAGUUCCGCCAACGGCGAGCUCAUUCUGGAGGAGCUGGAAGUCUUUAAGAAUCGUGUCCCCGUAACAACAAUGAAAAUUUCAUCCAAAAAGCAACAGUUAUACGUGAGCUCCAAUGAAGGGAUUUCCCAAGUGUCUCUGCACCGCUGCCACAUCUAUGGCACAGCCUGUGCUGACUGCUGCCUGGCCAGGGAUCCAUACUGUGCCUGGGAUGGCCAUUCCUGCUCCAGGUUCUACCCAACUGGAAAGCGAAGGAGUCGAAGACAAGACGUGAGACAUGGAAAUCCACUGACCCAGUGCAGAGGGUUUAAUCUAAAAGCAUAUAGAAAUGCAGCUGAAAUUGUUCAGUACGGAGUGAAAAAUAACACCACGUUCCUCGAGUGUGCCCCCAAGUCUCCACAGGCAUCCAUCAAGUGGUUGUUACAGAAGGGCAAGGACAGGAGGAAAGAGGUUAAGCUGAACGAACGCAUCAUAGCCACCUCCCAAGGACUCCUGAUCCGCUCUGUUCAAGAUUCUGACCAAGGACUUUAUCACUGCAUUGCAACAGAAAACAGCUUCAAGCAGACCAUAGCCAAGAUCAACUUCAAAGUUUUAGAUUCAGAAAUGGUGGCUGUUGUGACGGACAAAUGGUCCCCGUGGACCUGGGCCAGCUCUGUGAGGGCCCUGCCCUUCCACCCCAAGGACAUCAUGGGGGCUUUCAGCCACUCGGAAAUGCAGAUGAUAAAUCAGUACUGCAAAGACACUCGGCAGCAACACUACCAGGGCGAGGAGUCACAGAGGAUGAGAGGGGACUACGGCAAGUUAAAGGCCCUGAUCAACAGCCGGAAAAGUAGGAACAGGAGGAAUCAGUUGCCAGAGUCCUAAUCGUUUCCUACGGGGAGGUUGAGGUUAAGCAUCCAAUAACAAAUGCUCUGUCUUCAACGAUCACAUUUUGAACAAAGAAUCUUGUGCUUUACCCAUGAGAAAUCACUGAACUAAGGUAAUUAUUCACUCCUCAAGUGAGUUUUACAUGAACUGAAAUGAGCAUGCGUUUUCUUGUAUGAUAUUGACCAGCACUAGACUUGUCAUGGUCUUCAUGGUGCAUAUAAGUAUUUAACUCAACCCAGAUUUUAUUUAUAUCUUUAUUCACCCUUCAAAAUCCUUAUGGUGGUUACAAACGUAGAAUGAUUGCAUCCCUCGGUUGAAGGAGAGGCAUCACCCUGGGGUAUUUCUUCCCUGCUCUGGAAGUCCAGAGUUCCAAUGUUCAGUAAUUUUACAGAUGAAAACAAAUUCCAGAUUCACAAUUUUCACAUAGUAAAAGUCAUAUAAAAAUGCCUGCCACAGAAUGGCUGAUGGAACAAACAAAAAAUAUAAAUGACAGGGCACAGGGCAUUUGAGUGUUGUACAGAAACAUGAAUGAUUCAUAGAGAAAAAUGAUGGCUUGCUAUGAUCCCAGUGAUAUGUGUUGUUGCUUUAAGAUUUAAAAGUUGUCAGUUACUGAUAUCUGUCAUUGAUCUUUGUUCCCUUGUUUCAAGAAAACAGAAUGAGUAACAUACACUAUAAAGAUCACUGGUAGGAGUUAUUUAUGUCAGUGAAGCAGUUGGGUUUAUCUUGUUAGAUUGUCAUCUUCUAAACAAAAGCACUUUUGGGGGGAAGUUAUUUAAGUUAUUCUAGACUUAUAUAAAAUCAUACACUAUUUAAUUGCUUACUAUAUUGUGUCUGAUUUUCUAGUCUGUGUGGCAAAUUGGUCAAUAUAAGAAGAAAAAGAGUUUUGAAGUACCAAGCUCCUCUAUAAGGGAGGAGACCUUCAAAAAGGAGAAAAGAAACAUAAUCAAAGUAGAAAAUUCAAGUUUAUUAUGAGGAAUUUCUAACAAAUGUGGCACAUUUUCAAAUUUCGUAGUCCAGUUCAGUGAUUGAUUUUCACUUUUUAGAAAACCAAGCUCACACAUCAUUAAUUUUUAAGUCAGCAUUUUAUUUUUUAUAAGCUUUUGCUUGUGGUGGAGAGUUGCUCGUUACAUCUGAAAGGAAACAAUAAUAUAAGAAAAAAUAUAUUAAAAUAUUCUUAUGUUUAUAUUGUUUUUUCUUUUCAAACAUUCUUUUAAAAUGAAUGUUGCCACAUAUGUUCACUGGUCAGUGUGGAAAGUUUCAUGAUGAAUAAAAUAAUUAUCUUCUAAUUAGUAUGUUUGGAUAAUUUUAUUAGAGUAAUUUA